CUGCAAACAACGAAUGACCAAUGAGCAAUGACCUGGGCCAUCAUACCUCAAAAUCGCUGUCUGAUUAAUUUUCUAAAUAGCAAGAAGUAUUUGAUAUUUGCAGAUAAAAUGUCAGAGUAGAUGAAGCUUUUCCUCUAUAAAAAAGCGUAGCCCUUACUCCACAAAUAGAUUUGUUGAAUCGAAACAGUUUCCCAACAGGCUUCAUCUUCGGUACAUCAUCCUCAGCGUACCAGUAUGAAGGUGCAGCCAAUGAAGGUGGUAGAGGACCAAGCAUUUGGGAUACCUUCACUCACAAAUAUCCUGAAAAGAUAGAGGACAGAAGCAAUGGAGAUGUUGCAGUUGAUUCGUAUCAUCGCUACAAGGAAGAUGUUCAGUUUAUGAAGAAUAUGAAUUUGGAUGCUCACAGAAUUUCUAUAUCUUGGUCAAGAAUUCUUCCGAAUGGAAAACUGAGUGGAGGUAUAAACCAAGAAGGAAUUGACUAUUACAACAACCUUAUCAAUGAGCUACUGGCAAAUGGUUUAGAACCAUUUGUGACACUUUUCCAUUGGGAUCUUCCACAAGCUUUAGAAGAUGAAUACGGUGGCUUCUUAAGUCCUCGCAUUGUGAAAGAUUUCCAAGACUAUGCAGAGCUUUGCUUCAAGGAAUUUGGAGAGAGAGUAAAAAAGUGGAUAACUUUGAAUGAGCCAUUGACUUUCAGCGAGCUAGGCUAUGCAGAAGGAAUAUAUGCACCGGGUCGAUGUUCUUCUUGGUUGAAUCCUAGUUGCAAUGGUGGCGAUUCUGGGAUAGAACCCUAUUUGGUCGCGCAUCACCAACUUCUUGCUCAUGCUGCAGCGGUUAAUGUCUACAAGACCAAGUACAAGAUAAUUCAAAAUGGCUUGAUAGGCAUAACUUUGAAUUUUGUUUGGAGUGUGCCACUCUCUGAAAACAAACUUGAUCGAGAGGCUAGUGAACGAACUGUUGACUUCAUGUUCGGAUGGUUUAUGGAUCCAUUAACAAAAGGAGAUUAUCCAAAAAGCAUGCGUUUGUUGGUGAAAUCACGAUUACCAAAAUUUACAAACAACAAUUCCAGAUUGCUUAUUAAUUCAUUUGAUUUUAUUGGCAUAAACUACUACACUGCUAGAUAUGUCUCUGAUGCACCAGAAUUAAGAAAUGUCAGAAGCAGUUUUACGACAGAUGCUCUUGCAAAUUUUUCAUAUGUUCGUGAAGGAAAAGCUAUUGGUCUAAAUGUAAGGUUUUGGAUUGUAGAUGCUUCACAAGUUAGUAUGUUUCUCUCAGUUAUAAAGAUACUUUUCAUGAUCAUGCAGGUUGGUACAGAUUGGUUGUACGUUUAUCCAAAAGGAUUUCGUGACUUUUUGUUAUACACUAAAGAGAAAUACAACAAUCCUAUAAUUUAUAUUACUGAAAAUGGUAUAAAUGAUUAUGAUGAUCCAUCACUCUCACUUGAAGAAUCUCUCUUGGAUAUUUAUAGAGUUGAUUAUCAUUAUCGUCAUUUAUAUUUUCUUCAAGAAGCAAUGAAGAAUGGUGUAAAUGUAAAAGGGUAUUUUGUAUGGUCACUCUUAGACAAUUUUGAAUGGCCCUUUGGUUACACGAUGCGAUUUGGACUGAAUUUUGUAGAUUACAGAAACGGCUUGAAAAGAUACCCAAAACUUUCUGCCUUAUGGUUCAAGGAUUUUCUCAAUAAAGAAUUCAAAUAUCAAAGUUCCUUGUAACAGUAGUGUUACUUGAAAUUCCUUAAAAGGUUUUAUUUGAAAAUAUGUAAUUACUAGAAUUAUUUAAUUCUUGAGUGAUUUCUUAUGUAGUUGAAGUUCUCUUAUGAGUGAUGAUACUUGUAAGAACUGAUAUACCAUUCGACCGCCCAACUCCAUUGUCAGAUCCAUCCAAAUAAAGAUUCAGAAAUAUAAUAAAUUAUAUUAUAAAUAA